AUGGCCGUCGCCGUGGCCGUAGCUGUACAGAGUAACGGCUUUGCAUUGUUCUCGAUAGUGCGUCCUAACCGGUGGUGAAAACUGUCCAUGUAAGAUACUUUGUAGCUUCCAAAUCCAGUUCGGCAAAUACUUCAAUUCCGAUCCACAGCCAUCGAUCCCAGAAUCCCAGCCGAACCACUCUAUACAUAGCCAUCCUCCUUCUUCUCCUCAAAGCGGCGAUGCAUAAUCCACCUGCAAGGCUUAAAUGGGCAAAGGGCAAAGGGCAAAGGGGAAAGGGCAGGAACCGCCUGGAGCUCUCGGCCUUAGGGGCUUGGACGGGAAGUGGAAGUGGAAGUGGAAGUGGAAGACGCAAAAGAAAAGCUUUCACGCGAGCCUGCACUUUCCAACAUCUCGAUGCGCUGGAUGAGCCGUGA